AUGCCUGCCGCCAUCUUGCCCACCAGGAGUUCCGACAUGGGGCUGGGACUCCUGAGCGCAGCGCUGUUGUUUCUGGGGGGCGCUCUCAUAUGCUCAGAACACUACCCACUCUCUGAAAGGAGUGGGCAUGGCUCCUCGCGGGAACAGGCCGGAGGUCGGAGGUGGCCCGAAGCCAUGAGUGGGAGGCCCAGGGCGCAGGAGCCCCAGGCCCCGGAAGAGGAAGGGUUGAACGCAAAGGAUUGUGGAACAGCACCACUUGCAAGUAUGUUCCAGGGGUCUCGGAUUGUAGGGGGCACAGAAGCUCAAAUGGGCGCAUGGCCAUGGCUAGUUAGCCUACAGAUUCAAUCUGGCAGAUAUCGUGCUCAUGUAUGUGCGGGAAGCUUAGUGAAAAAUAGAUGGGUCCUCACGGCUGCCCACUGCACUAAUAAGGACACUAGAGAUCCUGUAAUGUGGAGAGUUGUGAUUGGAACUAAUAAUAUAGGUGGGCGUCAGCCACACUCCAAGAUGAUGAAAGUUAAAGCAAUCAUUAUCCAUCCAGACUUCGAUGUGGAAUCUUAUGAAAAUGAUAUUGCGCUUUUUCAUUUAAAAAAAGCAGUGAGAUAUAAUGAUUAUAUUCAGCCUAUCUGUCUACCUUUUGGUGUUUUCCAAAGACUGAACCGAAACACGAAGUGUUUUAUAAGUGGAUGGGGAAGAACAACAGAAAAAGGUAAUAUUACAAAAAAAUUACAUGAAGCAGAAGUGCAUUAUAUUUCUCCAAGUUUUUGUAAUUCUGACAAGAGUUAUGGGGAUAUAAUCCCUUACACUUCAUUUUGUGCAGGUGAUGAAGAUGGAGUUGUUGAUACUUGCAAGGGUGACAGUGGUGGACCAUUAAUGUGCUACUUACCAGAACAUGAACGAUAUUUUGUAAUGGGAAUUACCAGUUACGGAUAUGGCUGUGGGCGAAAAAAUUUUCCUGGUGUCUAUAGUGGGCCAUCCUUCUACCAAAAGUGGCUGACAGAUCAAUUCUACCAGGCAAGCAAUGAAGUUAUAUUUAAUAUAAAUAUUCUGCUUGGACAGGUCCUUGUAGCCCUAGGUUCUGUUGUCUUACUAGCAGCUCCAUAA